ACCUCACUUUUUUUUCUUCUUCAAUUAAUCAUCCGGCGAGAUAAUCUUACGUCUCUCACGCGAUAUUCCGCAUUUCUUAUCAAUUUUUUGGUGCGUAAGAACGUGUUUGAAGUGAUUAGGGGACUAUUGGAGUGAAAAGUGCAAGAAAAUGAGUAAAAUUACCGUAAAAAUUGGCAUAAUCGGUGGUUCGGGAUUGGAUGAUCCGGAUCUCCUUGAGAAUAGGCAGGAAAAGUUCAUGUCAACACCCUUUGGCACCCCAUCGGAUGCUCUAAUUGAGGGGAAGAUUAAGGGUGUGGAUUGUGUGCUACUCGCACGGCAUGGGCGGAAGCACAAUAUAAAUCCAACAAAUGUCAACUACCGUGCAAAUGUGUGGGCAAUGAAGAUGCUGGGAUGUACGCAUCUUGUGGUAACAUCCGCCACGGGAUCCCUGAGGGAGGAAGUGCGACGUGGGGAUAUUGUCAUCAUUGAUGGUUUCAUUGAUCGCACAACAAAACGCCUUCAGACAUUCUAUGAUGGUCAGGAGGGACAUCCAGUGGGAGUUUGUCAUGUACCAAUGCAUCCGGCUUUCUGUGAACGUACCCGAAAGGUUCUAAUUGAAACAGCCAAGGCACUAGGGGUGGCUGUACACGAGCGUGGCACCGUGGUUACCAUUGAAGGUCCUAGAUUCUCAAGUCGAGCAGAAAGUGAGAUGUUCCGGGCAUGGGGAGGACAUCUCGUUGGGAUGACUCAAGUACCCGAAGUUGUGUUAGCCAAGGAAGCGGGACUCCUUUACGCCACCGUCGCCAUGGUGACGGACUAUGAUUGUUGGAAGGAUGAUGAGUGUGUCUCCACGGGGGAUGUGUUGAAGACAUUCCAAGAAAAUGUGUGGAAGGUCAAGAAUAUUCUCAUUGAUGCUGUAACGAAGAUUGCUGAGCAAGAUUGGACGGAGACUGUGCAAGAAGCCAGGAAUCUCGUUAAAUCCAACAUGAUGUAACUUCCUCAAGGAAGCUGCAAAAAUGGCUUAAUCAGCUCCCAAGAAGAAAAGACAUAAGACGGAUGAUAAGAUUAUGUCAGGCCAUACAGCCACUUAUAUUUUUAUCUCAUAAAAUAAAGCAACAACUAUAUUUUCUGAA